AUAUUAUAGUUCCUAUUUUAACAACUUUAACAUCUCCUGUUUUAAAAGUUGGUAAUAAAAUUAAUAUAAAAUUAAGUAGAGAUGGAAGAAAUGUAGGAAGAAAGCAAAAGCAUGUGAUGCUUACUAUGUGUAUUCUUAAUGAAGAAGAAGUUGUUUUGAAUCCCGCUCAUCAAUAUAGUAUUUGUUUAUAUAUAGGGAAAGAAUCUUAUGAUUUUUUAUCUAUCGUAUCAAUCAAAUUUUCACACAAACUUGAAAAAUUAAAAACUAAUGGAUAUAAAGAUUCAAAUAAUACAAUUUGGCCAGUUAAAUUAUUUUUUUUAGGUGAUUGGAAAUUUGUAGUAUUAGUUAUGGGAAUCAAUGCUACAACAUCUAAUUACUUUUGCCUCUAUUGUAAUUAUCAUAAAGAUAAAAGAUAUAAUAUGGAUAAAGUAUGGUUAAACUCAAAAAAUAUGCAUG